UUUUAAAAUGCGUUAAGUGAUAUGAUACGAAAGUUUUAAUAAUAAAGUUUUUUGUGUAAAAUAACAAGUUCUUUUUGUGGUGGAUUCAAACAAUUUGUGCAAUCUUUCGAAUGAUUCGGUACUGAAGAACUUUAAAAGAAUUGAAAGCAUGCUUUUUAUUCGAAAAUGUACUAAACUAUAAAGUGAAGCAGAUAUGAACUAUUAUUCAAAUAUAUUUCAAUCAAAAGACUCUCGUCAUCAGCGCCUGAAAUAUCCUGAUUCAAAUGAUUAUCAAAUAUAUAUAUCGAAAAAUCAAAGAAAUGUAGUACCUGAACUUCAACGAUUUAGAAUGAAAGAAAUGAAUACUGGAGUGAAGAAUAAAGAUGUACAAGAAGAGGAAUAUUUAAGAAAUUUUGGAAAGCAAAGUAAAUUUCCACUGUCUGAAAACUCUACUACCUGCAUUCAAAAAUCAAACAAUAAUAAUAAAAGAGGUUUGAGGAUAGACACCGGAUACGUGAGUGCAGAAAGUUCAAUAGAAGAAAGCGAAGAGGAAAAAGAAAUCGCGCGUCAUAUUUUAGAACCCGCGGUUCAUCAUACAGGAUGUUUGAUAAAUGGACCGAGGAAGUGUCUGGCAUGGGCCUGCAAAGCAUGUAAAAAGAAAACAGUCGCCAUUGACAGAAGGAAAGCUGCCACAUUAAGAGAAAGAAGAAGGUUACGAAAGGUGAAUGAGGCAUUCGAAAUGUUGAAAAAAAGGACCUGCAAUAAUCCUGGUCAGCGAUUACCAAAAGUUGAAAUACUCAGAGGCGCGAUAGAAUAUAUAGAAUAUCUUGAAGAAAUUUUACAAGGUUCAAAAUCAUCUGUAGAUAGCAACCAUAGCAUAGUUCCUAAAACCGAAUAUAUGAAUUGUUCAUCAAAUCACUUUGCUUGCGAAAGGCUACAACAAUUUAGUGAACCUCUACAUAGAUUUAACCCAUUAAGUGGUUGUGAUUUAGGAACUAAUACGUCAAGUUUAGAUUGCCUUAAUUUGAUCGUACAAAGUAUAACUAAUAAUAAGAAUAAGCAAGAAAAAAACGAGCCUGUUACGUGAUGAUGAAUCUCUAGGUAUAUAAAAGUAGUACAGAAACUAUCG